GUUUUGUUUUCUCAGCCUUCGUGAGAUCUAACUCUUCUAGGUGGUCUCCAGGGAGAGGUCUAUUCCAGAUGGAUAUGUGGUUCUCUCACUAUCUCCUGCUUUCUCUCAGCUUAGUCUGGGAGUGUCCGAUGGCUGAAAUAUUCAGCCAGAAGUUCUCGAAGUCCAGUGAACCGUUUCCAUGGAACAAGUCACGACUCCCAAAUGACAUUCGGCCGGACCACUACUUCCUCUACAUCCACCCUGAACUCGCCUCGGAAACCUUUAUGGGACGGGUCCAGAUCCUGGUGACGGUGCUGAAUGACACCAACAUGAUUGUGCUACACAGUAAGGGGUUGCGAGUACAAAGCGUCAUCCUGGAGGACCUAACAUCUAUAUUGCUGGAAGAGCGGAAGCUUGCGCUGCACAUGGUGGAGUCUCAUUCCACAGAGCAGUUAGCCUUCCUCUCCAAAACAACCCUGAAAACAGAACGCAAGUACCAGCUUUCCAUCACCUACAACAGUACCAUGUCCAGCAGCUUCUCUGGCCUCUACAAAGCCUCCUAUCUGAUGCCCAACGGUACUACCAGGACCCUUGUGGCGACCCAUUUCGAACCCACGUCAGCCAGGAGGGUUUUCCCUUGCUUCGAUGAACCCAGCCUGAAGGCCGUGUUCUCUCUCGUCAUUGUUCGAGAGAGGGAGUACAUCACUCUCUCAAAUAUGCCCAAGGGAUCCAUAAAAUCCCGUCCAGAUGGGCUCCAAGAAGACCACUAUCUGACAAGUGUCAAGAUGAGCACCUACUUAGUGGCUUUUGUGGUCUGUGACUUUUCCUUUAGCACUGCGGAGACAAAACGAGGACUGAAGGUGUCCGUGUUUGCCCCAAGCCACCAGAUCAACCAGACUUACUAUGCUCUUACCACUGCUGUAAGGACUCUGAACUUCUAUGAAGAAUAUUUCCAGAUUCCAUACCCUCUCCCCAAAAUAGAUCUGGCUGCAAUCCCUGACUUUGAGGCAGGAGCAAUGGAGAACUGGGGGUUGCUGACUUUCAGGGAGACAUCCCUGCUCUAUGAGCAGGAGACCGACACGCUAAGGAGCCAGCUGUGGGUCAGCCUGGUGACAGCCCAUGAGCUCGCCCACCAGUGGUUUGGUAACCUGGUCACUAUGAAGUGGUGGAAUGACCUAUGGCUAAACGAGGGCUUUGCCAGCUACAUGGAGUACACAGCUGUUAACCAGUUAGAGCCUAGCUGGAAAGUGGAGAAUGAACUUCUCGUCGUGAAUGUGUUCAGAGCUCUAGAGAGGGACUCCUUCAUAACUUCCCACCCCAUCUCUGUGUCAGUGAGUGAUGCAGAACAGAUUCGACAGAUGUUUGAUGUCGUCUCCUAUUCCAAGGGUGCAAGUGUAAUCCGCAUGCUUCGAGACUUCUUGACAGAGAGUGUGUUCAUCAGUGGGAUUCGGUACUACUUGCAACAGCAUCGAUAUGGCAGUACUCAGCAGGAUGACCUGUGGGUGGCCCUGUCCCAGAUGGCACUGGUGGUUGACAGGGUUGUGAAUGUGAAAGCAUUAAUGGACACAUGGACCACGCAGAGGGGUUAUCCCAUUGUAUCCAUCAAGAUCCAGGGGACUAGUAUUCAUCUGCACCAAGAACUGUUUACCAAAAGCCCCCAGAAUGACACGAGGUCACUCUGGCAGAUUCCAUUCAGUUUCUACACAAGCAAUUCAUCUAAAGCCAUCACUCAUUUAAUGACCAGUAAAGAAGAGGUCAUUAUUCUUGAGCAUGAGGCUUCCUGGAUCAAGGCCAACGUAAACUCCACUGGCUUCUACAGGGUGUUCUAUGAGGAAACCGCUCUGUGGGCUUUGGUUGCCCAGUUGCAUCGAGAGCCGAAUGUCUUCAGCGGGGCUGAUAGAGCCGGACUUCUGGAUGAUAUCUUCCAUCUAGCUGGUCAGGGCUCAGUGAAGCACAGUGCAGCCUUCAAUCUCAGCCUGUUCCUGAGGAACGAGAAAGAAUUCCUUCCAAUAAGUGUUUUCUUGGGUCACAUGACCAACAUGUUGGUCAGAUUCUCCUUCAGUAGACAACCCUGCACCGUACGUCUGCUAAAGGAACAUGUGUGGAGCAUGCUGGGAAAGCUGGCACUGGCCCAGCACUGGGAGGACGGAGGCUCUCCAUCAGACGAGAACAAGAGAGCCAGACUGCUGGCCCUGGCCUCCGGAGGGCCCUCUCGAGCUACAGGACGGCAGGCAUUGCGUCUCUUUCAUUUCUGGAUGGCAAAGGAUGGGAACCAUCCUCUACCCCGGACUCUGAGGGCCCUGAUAUUCCGUGUGGGUAUCAGGAAAGGAAGCCACACAGAAUGGAACUUUCUGCUGAAAAAGUACCAGCAGGCUGUCUCAAGCAAAGAGAAGCUAAUCAUGCUAAAAGCGCUCUGCCAAACCUCCUGUCAAAAGAAGAGAACAUGGUUGCUAAGAGCAGCUCUACGGAAUGAUAUAAUCAAGACCCAGGACCUUGCUAUUGUUGUGGAGCAAUUAGCAUAUCGCCCCAGCAGCAGUGAGCUUGUGUGGAAAUUCUUGCAGCAAAACUGGGACACUUUGCUGAAGAAGUUCUCUUUAGGGUCUUCAUAUUUGUCUAGUACUGUGACAUCCAUUACAUCAAAAUUUAACUGCCUUGAGAAAUAUAACGAAGUGUAUGACUUCUUUGUCAUUCAGAAGCGCCUUGGCCAUAUGUCCUUUGUCAAACUCUCCCUAGAAAUGAUCCAAAUCAACAAGCAGUGGCAUGCGACGCAUGCCAGACCCAUUCAGGCCUGGUUACAGAAGGUGUACACCAAAGCUUUCAAGGCAUACCACCGCUGCCCGAAAGAAGUGACCUAUCGCUUUAAGUGGGGAGCUACUAUACGCUUUCACCUGUAGCUCUAUAAACAUACC